AUGCACAAAUUGUGGGUGGCCCUUGCGGUCUGUGCUCUCGCCUCGUGUGUCCAGGGGAUCAGUUCCGGAGAUGCUCCGUUUUUCCUGCGAUCACGCGCCACGAAGAAUCAUCUCACCAAGGAGGCCGCUGCUGAUAAGGUGUCUAGUCUCCCUGGAUGGGGAAACCUGCAGGAUGAUGAGUUCGACAUCUACUCCGGGUACAUCACGGUGGACGCAGAGGCUGGCCGCAGCCUCUUCUAUGUGUUUGUGGAGUCUCAGGACGACCCUGCCGCCGACCCGCUGGUGCUCUGGCUGAAUGGGGGUCCGGGCUGCUCCUCGCUGGCGGGAGGCUUCAUGUCGGAGCUGGGACCCUUCUUCCCCACCACGCGCGGCAACCUACAGGCCAACGACUAUUCCUGGAAUACCAAGGCCAACGUCCUCUUUGUGGAGGCCCCCGCCUUCGUCGGCUUUUCCUACUCCAACACCACCGCCGACCGUGACGUCGGCGACAAGAGGACGGCGGAGGACAACCACGAGUUCCUGCUGCGCUGGUUCGACCGCUUCCCCCACUACCGCUCCCACAAGUUCUGGCUGUCGGGCGAGAGUUAUGCUGGCCACUACGUCCCGACCCUGGCGCUGGAGAUCCUCAGGGGCAAUGAAGGCGCCGAUGCCCCCCCCAUCAACCUCAAGGGCCUGCUGGUGGGUAACGCCUGGACGGAUGCCCAGCUGGACAACCACGGUGCCCUGGAGUUUUGGUUCAGCCACGGCCUCAUCUCCUUCACCGCCUACAAGGGCAUCAAGAAGUACUGCGACUUUGGGAGUGUCGGGCCCCUGCAACAGGAAUUCGCCCCCACCCUCAACGCCACCGCCGUCAACACCCCCAAGUGUGACAAGUUCGUGAGCCUGGCCCUGGACCAGAUCAGGGGCAUCAACAUCUACGACAUCUUUGCGGACGUGUGCCUGUCGCCCGACGCCUCCAACCCCGCGCUGGCGCUUGGCCGGGCGCUGAAGGGGCACCCCCUGGGCCUGUCCACGGCUGCCGCGGUGCUGAAGAACAAGUACGACCCAUGUAUCGACAACGAGGUGGAAACCUAUCUGAACAGGGAGGAUGUGCAGCGCGCCCUCCACGUUGUGCCGGGCCUGGCGCCCAAGCGCUGGACCGGCUGCACGCAUGAAAUCCAGUACUCGAGGGAGGACCUGCUGAGCUCCAUGCUCCCUGUCUGGCACCACCUCCUAGAAGCAGACCUGGAGCUCCUUGUGUACAGCGGCGAUGUCGACGCCAUCGUGCCCGUGACCGGCACCCGCGCCUGGAUCCACGGCCUGGCCCUGGAGGUGGCGGAGCCAUGGCGGGCCUGGACCAGCGCUAGCCGCCAGGUCGGCGGCUGGACGGUGCGCUACUCGCACGGGCUGACCUUCGCCACGGUGCGCGGGGCGGGCCACAUGGUGCCAUACACCCAGCCCGAGCGCGCGCUGCACCUCUUCAACUCCUGGGUGCACCACCAGAGGCUGUGA